AUGCCGACCUCCACCGGCCGGGCCCUGACCAGGGGCCCCUGCUGUCACGCCACUGCUUGGCUUCCGGACGCAACCUUAGUCUGGUGCCAACAUCAGAGGUCGUGGGAACUCACACUGCACGGGUCAAUCAACAUGGCGGUGGUUUCAAGUGUCUUUCGUUCAGGUCUUUUCAGUAAUAAAGUUGCUAUUGUGACUGGAGGCGCUACUGGUAUUGGAAGAGCAAUAAGUCAAGAGCUGCUUUAUCUAGGAUGUAAAGUUAUAAUUGCAUCUCGGAAUCUGGAAAGACUUCAAAAGGCUGUCCAGGAGAUGAAAGAACAGAUACCCCAGAAGUCCACAGCUGAUAUCAGAGAAGUCAAGUGUAACAUUCGAAAAGAAGAUGAGGUCAAAUCGCUGAUGGACUCUACGCUGCAGCACUAUGGAAAGAUAGACUAUCUGGUGAACAACGGCGGGGGUCAGUUUCUGAGCCUGCUGGCGGACGUCAGGCUGAAGGGCUGGAAUGCCGUCAUUGAAACAAACCUGACGGGGACAUUUCUGUGCUGCCGAGAAGUCUACAAGAAGUGGAUGGCUGAACACGGGGGAGCCAUAGUUAACAUCAUUGUGGACAUGUGGAAAGGAUUUCCAGCUAUGGGACACACUGCAGCAGCCAGAGCAGCCGUGGAGAAUCUGACCAAGACAGCCUCCCUAGAGUGGGCUGCUAGUGGCAUCCGAAUCAACAGUGUAGCACCAGGUACAAUCUACUCAGACACAGCGGCGGCCAACUAUGGAGACCCAGCAAUUUUCACCAAUGCAAUCCCAUCCAUUCCAGCUAAGAGACUCGGCAAAGUUGAGGAGGUGGCAGCUGCUGUCUGUUUCCUGCUGUCUCCCGCCGCAGCCUACAUAACGGGAGAAACUCUGAAAGUGGACGGGGGUUCUAGCCUUCAUGGAUUAUCCGGCUGGACCGUGCCAGAUCAUAAUGGAUUCAAAGCCUAUGACUGGAAAAGUGAUAUCGAAGACAGAAACCGAGCGAAGGAGGAGGUGGAGAAGUCAAAGCUAUGAGACUGCAAGGAUUAGUUUGCUUCCAAAUUUUAUUCACAAA